AUGAACGAAAAGGUCUUGGGAGUUAUUGUGGAGAAGACCCUGACAGCACCAGCCCAGUACACAGCUGAGGAGAAAAGACAUGCAGAGGACCAGGUUUUGCGAGUCUUGCCACAAACAUCUGAGAACGUAAAGCAACUUCAGCAGCUUUGUGACACCUUGCUGCUGGAUUUGUGGAAGCCACUGCUGUCUGAAGAUAUCCAGGCUGGAGAAGAACUGCAUGUCAGGGUUCCAGCCUCCAGUUUACAGGAGCUGAAAGGCAGCUUAAAUCAGCAUUUGAUAUCUUAUGAGGUCCUAAUACGUGAUGUACAAGAACAGCUGGACAGUAGCAUGCCAAGGAAGGGCGGCAGUCACUGGAGGGUUCCAGAGGGCUAUUCCUACACUGUAUAUCAUCCAAUGGAAGAGAUUUAUCACUGGAUGUACCAGAUAAAGGAGAGCAACAGUGAGUUGGUGACACAGCAUUCUCUAGGAAUGACAUAUGAGAACCGGUCAAUGUAUUAUCUGAAGAUAAGUCAACCAUCAAAUAAGGCCAAGAAGAUUAUUUGGAUGGACUGUGGGAUUCAUGCCAGAGAAUGGAUCUCUCCUGCCUUUUGCCAGUGGUUUGUGAAAGAAAUUUUGCAGAAUUACAAAACUGACCCAAAGAUAAAAAGCUUCCUGCAGAACUUGGACGUAUAUAUCCUGCCAGUUCUCAAUAUCGAUGGUUAUAUCUAUUCCUGGACAACAGAACGUCUGUGGAGAAAAUCCCGCUCUGCACAUGUAAAUGGCACCUGCUUUGGAACAGAUCUUAACCGCAACUUCAAUGGCUCCUGGGGCAGUAUUGGCGCGUCUCAUAACUGCAGCAGCCUCACUUUCUGUGGAACAGGGCCAGAAUCAGAACCCGAGACUAAAGCUGUGGCCAGAUUUAUAGAAGAAAGGAAAAGCGAUGUUUUGUGCUUCUUGACUAUCCACUCUUAUGGACAGUACAUUCUCACUCCUUACGGUUACAAAACCGAUUUGGCAAGUAACCACCAGGAUUUGGUGGAAGCUGCAGAGAAAGCAGCAGUCGCACUGAAGGAAAAGCAUGGGACCAAUUUUACAGUGGGACCAACUUCUUUGGUUUUGUACAAGAACUCUGGCUCCUCGCGGGACUGGGCUCACAUGAUUGGCAUUCCAUUCUCCUACACAUUUGAGCUGAGAGACAAGGGUGCCUAUGGAUUUAUUCUACCGCCAGACCAGAUCCAGCCCACAUGUGAGGAGACUACCACAGCUGUGAUGACCAUCAUAGAAUAUGUAAAUCAGAAGUAUUUCCCAAACAGUGCAGUGGCAGUGACCUCUGGCAGCCUGUGGUUAUGGCUCAUUGUCCUAUUCACACGGAUCUUGUCCUAAGUAAGCCCUACAGAGCUCAGCAGGAAACUCACAUGCAGUGAAAAAUUGCAUGCAAAGGAAAAAUUGACGUUACUGGGGAGCUAAAUGGCAUAGUGUUGAAAUAAACGAGCAUUACAGUAAAUGCAGAGAGUUCUCUGGCGUUCUGGGGGCUUUUUGGAGAAGGAGGAAAGGAGAAAGAACAAUCUGUAAAAUCAAGCCCUGCUCAUCAAAACCAGUUGCAGAAGGUUAAGUUCCAUUCCUUUGUUUAAAUUAAGGCAAGCCCAUAUUAACUUCAAAAAUCUUGCUCGCUGUCUCUGCAAGGCCAGAUUGAAUAUGCAUGGGGUGGAAACUGCGCUCGUAGACAUGGUCUCAGUGACUGCCUUACAUCUACGCUUCCCUUUCUGCUAGGCAUAGCCCUGCUCUUCUCAUGGUCCCCACACCACACUGGCCCACCAGCCAGAA